AUGGGAACCAAGACGAGUGAGUGCGACCUCUUGUGACCCUGAACGUACUCUCUGGGCAGUGCGCUUGUUCCACUCGAUGCCACGGAUAUGUCUCGUGGCGCGGUCCACCGCACGAGCUCCGAGGCCCACUCGUCAUCUUGCGAAACGACGAUCACACGCUCGUCCUUCGCAACGCUAGCCGCACAACCCGAGACAAUGGACUCGGCGCUCAACUAGCUGUGCUCGAUGCAUGCGGCGCGACCCGCUUGCACCAGACUCAUGAUCUUUCAAGUCACUGACGUUCCGACGUCGUCUGUGUGACACUGCAGCACUCCCAGGGUCCUUGCACGCUCCGUCGUCCUCGCAUCCCCCCACCACCAACAAGCUUGCCUUCUCAUCAUCUCCCUCCGCAUCCCGCAAGUCUUCCCACAUCCUCAUUCUUCACGACUCUUCGGACACAUCCAUGCUCUCAUCGGACGAUGGCGACUCGGACGACGACGAUGCCGUGAUUGUCACCUCGGUCGGUGAUGCUGAAACUUCCGCUCCGAGGCGCGACGGGAAUGGCUCGACCAACGACGGCGUCGGCGUCGAAGAUGUCUGCCUCGCAUGUCGCGGCGAAUGUCAAUGCGGAGGAGCCAGAGGCGAUCCCGUUUUCGUCUCGUCUCUCGGGCACCAUGGUAGCAGUAGCCGCGGAUCGAGUCCGACUUCGAAUGGCAAGGCUCAUCCAAGGUUCAGUGGCAAGACCUUGACGGGGAGUCCGGCACCCGCUUCCGCCAGGGGGUCCCCUGAACUCGGCGAAAUCCCGAAACGACAACGCGAGGAUGCAGUUGACGAGACCGAAGAAGAAGGGGACGACGACGACGACGACGACGACGACGAUAUCGGUCGCCCACGCUUGGAACUACAAAAGAUCCACAACUCCCACAUCGCCGCCUUGCCCGCGACCUUGCCACCUCUACCCACCUUACCCACCUUACCCACCCUAUUCACCAACAAGGCCGCUUCACCCUCUUCGAGGGCGACGUCUCCAAAGCCGACACCUUCGCCACCUUUAGUCUCUGCCAGCGGGACAUCCACCCGCGUUUGCUUUGGAACGACGACCCCUCAACGCCUGACGCUUCGGCAGGUUCUUGCGCUCUCGGCGAAAGAGGCCGAGUCCGCCUCUGCGUCCGCUCAGUCGUCCGUCGAUGGCGAUGCUUUGGACGACGAACGGUAUCGCAAGAUCGCGGAUGCUCGAGCUUUGAUGAAAAGUCAGGACCCCGAUUCGUCCGACCUCUCUGGCGAGGACGAUGAUGACGAUGGGCCAGAGGACGUGGUCAUGGACGAAAUCGAUACGAGAAUGGAGAAGUCUGAAGAAAAGGCUCUCAGGAAAGAGAUCGAAGAGAAGAAACGAAGGUUCGGCUCGGACUCGGAUGCCAGAUCGGAGGCAAGAUCGGAGGCAAGAAGUGAUCGGAAUAAGAACCCAAAGCCGACCAAGGUCGUCGAGGAAACCGAGGAGGAUGUCGCCGCGGCUUGGGAGGCGAACGUCGAGGCUUUGAAUCGAGUACGCGCGAGAACGCUGGGCGAAGCGAAAGGCGGAGUCGUCGCGGCUGACGCGAGCAUAGAAAUUGACGAGGAUGACGAGCUCGGCGUCACAGACCUACCUAUUGUUGGAGGGUCAGGAGUUGUCACGUGGUCCGACUAUGAGGAUCUGGACGAAUUCGAAACGAUCGACACCACCGACGAAGAGGACGCCAACAUCGUUAUUCCCCGCGAAGAAGAAAACAUCGAAAUCCCGGAAGAACAAGAAAAGUCGCUCGCUAUGGAUCUCGAAGAGGAGCUCGAGGAGUUGCUGGCCAUCUCAGAGUCCGUCGUGGGGCCGAUACGGCAUGACGAGCUCGAGUCGGGGGACAUGUGGUUCGAAGCCGUCAGCGACGUCGAGGCUGAUGGAGGAGCCACGGCUGACAUUGAGAAUGACGGCGAUAGUGACGAUGACGACUCGGAUGACGAUGAAGACGAGUCGAUUGAAAGCGGCGAGACGCUGCUGUUCGUCGACGGCAUUGAAGGAUGGACGACUGCUGCUGGCGCCAUGGCUGCUUUGCGACGGCGUGCCGAAUCGGGCUUUGAAUCCCACGACGACGAAGCCGAGACCGACGAUGACGAAGAUGAAGAAGGCGAAGAGGACGACGAUGACAACGACAUCGACCUCUUGGAGCUCGACGAUGACGGUGGCGAGACGACCGACUCGAUGGCUUCGGAUGCGCUUGUCACUCGAUUUGGCGCGCCGUCUCGAAAGGUCGCUGCGGACUUUGAUGACGACUCAGGCGAGUCGACCGACAGCGAUCCGGAGGCAUUCAAUUCGUCGAAUGCGGUCGCUUCUACCUCUUCAGUUGUCUUGACUACGGAAGGCGACGCCAAAGGGAAGGAGACGAGCAAUGGAAAGGGCAAGGAGCCCGCCGAACCUUCUCCGCGCGCCGUCCCGCAAGACGCCACCACACCGCAGGCGCCAGCGAUGGGCGUUUUUGUCGCCAAGCGAAAGAACCGAUCUACGAAGAAGGCAGUCAAGGUCGUUGUUAUCGAUGCGUCGACGGCUCUUGUUCCCAGCCCGUUCUCAAGAGCGAGGAAGUCUCAGGUACGUAUUGCCUGCAAGCAUACUUCUCCUUAUCUGUUCUGAUGCUGACGAGGCCGCAUUCGUAGUCACAGCUCGAUCGACUCACACGUACUACGCGAGCAGACUCCAAGGCAUCGACGUCGACCGGCUCGAUCUCGGGUGAAACGGUCGAGGCCGAGGUCGAAAUCGAGGUAGAAUUCGACCUCGACGAGCUGCUCAACGACGACCUGCUCGAAUCUCUCUCCCCUUCCUCCGCGACGUCCGUCUCUACCCUUCCUACCACAGGCGAGAAAGUCAAGUCGACCUCGAAAGGUCUCUCCGACUUCGCGCGAUGGUCUCGCGUUCCCAUUGGUGCCUUCCGUUCACGGACGACGCCCCACCAAGUCGCCUUCAAUUACGACGGGUUCGAUCUAGUCCAUGGCGGCACGGCUCGAACGACCUUGUCUUCCCCCGGUGUCCCAAACUAUUCCACCAAACGAAGCGUCGAGAAACGAAUGUUGACGUCGCCCGUCAUGGGACCUUCAUCGGUCUCGGCCAAGCAUGGCAAGAAGAAAGGUAAUAACGGCCACGGCAACAAACGACCCAAGCUUGGACAUAACGUGAUCUCCCCCUUUGUAGCCGCCCCGAAGAACAGUCCGUGGUUGUAG